AUGCCUUCGAUCCAUGAAUCAACAAAUACGCCACUCUACGAUUUACAAGAAGUCAUCCAACAGUAUCAAUCUCAGCCUGAACUUUUAAAGCUGAUUUUGACCAGCAAAGUGGAGGAAGACAAACGCAGGGCCGAAGAGGCCAAACUACGUGCAAAAGAACUCGACAUGUACCUUCAACAUAAUCAAACGCCUAAUUCACCUCCAACUACGCCUCGGUUAUCGGUUUCCGAUGUCGCUGAGUCACCUAAAAAAUUAAAUACUACUGGUAAAAUAUUACCAUCAUUAUCAUUGCCCUCAUCUGUAUCAUCUUCAUCGUCAUUAAAAAAGAAUCAUCGUGGAUCACCUUAUGUCAUCCCUAAUAGCACCACCUUCCGCAGUUAUCAUUCGUCUAUUUCCUCUGCUUCAUCCAUAUCUUCCCUGUCUGACGAAGACAUUGAUGAGGAUGACGAGGAGUUACCUAAUGUCGAUCAUCACCAACAACGCCGUCACUCUGCCGCUGCUGCCAUGCUGGCCAUGGGAAAGAGCCUUGCGCAAGAGGAAAAGAGUGAGCCCAUCACAAGCGCAUAUCCUUCACCAAUCGCAGAUCAUUAUAAUGACGAACAAGAAGAUUUUGCUGGAAAUAAGCCACGCCGCAGAAGAGAAAUGCAAGCCAUCACAAAAAUUGUUGAAACUAGAGAAUUUCCCUAUGUUGAUAACUACUUUUGGAAGAAUAAUGGCAAUACUGUUCAAAAAAAGACGGGUUGCAAAAGUAUCUAUUACAAAUGUUCAAAUAGCAAUAAGGGCUGUUCUGUCAAUAAAACUGUUACUGCUAGGCCAAAUGGAGAAUACCUUAUCAAAUAUAGAGGCUGCCAUUUACCAGAAUGUGGAAGAGUUGAAAGAAUUCGUGAUUUAUAA